AUGCGGCGUAAAGACCUGAUGGGGUACAACAUGAAGGUGGGGGUGGUCGUGAAGAGCAACCUCUUCGGAGGCCUCUCGUUGAACGGUUCAUGGGACGGCCUCGUGGGGCAGCUGCUGGAAGGAAACGUAGACAUCGCGCUGGCUCUCAUGGCGCUGACGUCGGUACGACACGCAGCAGUAGACUUCUCGCUGCCACUCAGCAUCUCUCGGGAGCUGCUGCUCAUCCAGGAACCUAGUGAGAAGGAGUUCGCGUGGGACAACUUCCUGCGGCCGUUCGACUGUCGCGUGUGGCUGUGCGCCGUGGCGGUCAUAGCCGGCACCUGGGGCGUCCUCAGGCUGCAGAGGAGCUACAGGUCAGCACUGGGCAACCAGGACGACUUCCAACAGACGUACAGCGAUGUUCUCCACGUCGCAGGGAUAUUCUUCAUGCAAGGUCGCGGCGACGGCUGCGACACAAGGACCCGCGACAGCGUGAGGGCAUCUCUGCUGGUGGCUUCGAUGUCUGCGCUGUUGGUGUACACCGCCUACUGCGGCGCCCUGACCGCCUCCUUGGCCACCCACAAGCUGAGGAUGCCUUUCACAGACCUGCAGGGUCUACUGACGGACGGAUCCUACAAGCUGGUGCUGCAGGACGCAUCUGGAGAGAUGACCAUAUUCCGUGAGUGUACUUUUGUGACUAACUGCUGCAGUAGGGGAAUGAUGUGCGUCGUCUUUGGAAUUGAUGACGCAUGUCGUUCAGGUAUACUGCACCUGCUGCAGUUACGGAGCGAAGGUGUGACGCACCGUCUAUUCAGGAAGCACUGGGCGUGGCCCGAUGAUCAGGAGACGAAGGAGUCGCUCAACCCGGUGAGCAUCAACAGCGUGGUUCCCGCGCUGGCCGUCUUGGGGGCGGCGGCGCUGCUGUCGCUGUGCUUGCUACUGCUCGAGCGGAAGUUCUGGAGCAGGCCCGUUCUCAAGGACGCUGCCACGAGCACUGACCUGAGCAGUGGACGUAAUUCGAAUCCUAGUCAAUCUGUUGACUUUUCUCACAUAUAG